AUGGAGAACACAGAGGGAAAUAUAAUUACUGACCAAGCUCAAAUUGCAACCACUUUAGUAGAUCAUUUUACAAAGAAGUUUGAAUAUCAAAAUGUCACAAUUCAUGAGAAAAUAAUGGAAGCAAUCCCCAAGUUACUGAAUGAAGAUGAUAAUUUUUUCUUGGAUGUUGUUCCCACUGCAAUUGAGAUCAAAGAGGCAGUUUUUAAUUUGAUUGAAGCAAUUCAAUAUUUCUGGUCACACAGAUUCAUUCCUAAAGGACUUAAUUCAAACUUUCUAUUCCUUCUUCCUAAGAUUCAAGGUGCAAGAAGAGCAGAAAAAUUUAGACCUAUAGGUCUAGCAAAUUUCAUUUUCAAAAUCUUCACCAGAAUUCUUACUACUAGAAUCAGUUCUUUGAUAGGAAGGCUAAUAUCUCCUCAACAAGGUGCUUCCAUUAAGGGGAGGAAUAUACAUGAUAAAAUAGUGUUAGCAUCUGAGAUGAUAAAUGAGCUGAACAUAAAAAGAAGAGGGGGGAAUGUGGGUCUCAAGUUAGACAUAACCCAAGAAUUUGAUUCAUUAAGCUGGGAAUUUCUGUUUGAAGUACUUAGAAGAUUUGGUUUCUCUGAAGUGAGCAUUAACUGGAUAAGGAAAAUCUUUGAGUCUGCAAUGAUCUUUGUGCUUGUUAAUGGUGGACCUUGUGAAGAAGUUCUUAGUAGAAAUAUAUCCAAUUUGAUACAAGAAGGAAAGAUACAAGCAAUGGUCACAAGAGGUGGAAGUUCUGAUACAAGAAAAAAUAGGAUUGCUGAUUAUUUACUAAUGGGACUUUCAGAACUCCCUGAUACCUACUUGGGUGUUAUUCUGUGUCCAGGAAGUGUUAAAACAUAUCAAGUUUGGGGGAUGGUGGAACUAAUGCAGAAAAUGUUAGCAGGUUGGAUAGUUAAAAAAUUAAUCACAGUUAAGUGGGAUGAAUUAAAUGCUCCAAUAACAGAAAGUGGCUUAAGGCUAAGGAGAUUGGAGGUGAUGAAUAAAUCAUUGCUGAUGAAACUACUAUGGAAGAUUGAAACUGAAGAUGUUGAGUGGACAAAUUUCAUGAGAGCAAAGUACAAAAACAAGAACAAUGAAUGGACUACUACUUACAGACAGUCAUCCAUUUGGCCAGGUCUUAAAUGGGUCAUUCCUGAGAUAAAUAACAACAAAAGAUGGAGUGUAGGUGAUGGAAAAUCAAUCUCAGUAUGUAAGGAUAAGUGGGUCAAGGAUUAUACUCUUAUUGACAGAUAUGUAGAUGACCAAUUUUUUAUAAGUAAUAUAAAUAUGAAAGUUAUAGAUUUCAUUGUGGAUGGUAUAUGGAAAAUUCCACUACAAAUGUUCAAGUACUUUGAGAAGAAUGAAGUGCCAACAAUUGGGGAUGGACCUGACAAGUUGAUAUGGGAAAAUGAUUUGAAUGGCAAGUUUUCAGUUGCUAGUGCAACACAUCAAAUAAGAAAGAAAUUUCCAGUAACAUCUUGGUCAAAAAAAAUAUGGGAUCCCAGUGUGCAUCCAUAUACAUCUACUAAUUUGUGGAAGAUAGCUUGUGCAACUGAGGAAGUUGUAAGGAAGAAGGGCUUCUCAACAGUAUCAAAAUGUUAUUUGUGUGGAAAUGCACAAGAUGCAAUGACUCAUAUCUUAUGGAAAUGCUCUUUCAGCACUCAAGUCUGGCAUUGGCUGGGAGCUACAAAGAUGACAGAUAUAAAGAAAUGUUUUUUCAAGCUGCCUGAAAAAGGUCAAGUUUUGAUAUGUUGUGAUGGUGCUUUAAAAGGUAACCCUGGUAAUGCAGGCCCGGGGUUUAUUGCAAGGGAUGACAGUGGUGGAUGUUUAGGAGAUGCUUCUGGAGGUUUGGGAAUUGCAACAAACUAUUUGGAAGAAGUAAUGGCCUUGAUUGUUGCUGGUGAAUGGGCUGUGAAGAAACAAUAUAAAAAGGUGGUGGAAUUAGUGAGAUUUCUGGGUUAUGAGGAUGAUAAUGGAAUUAGUGAUAAAUUGGAUAUUACAGCUAGAGUUAGCCAAGGUUAA